ACAGGUUUGACAGAACCUGCGGAACGGGCAGCCAGACAGCACACGAGUCGCUUGAGAAAGCUCCGAGUGUAGCCAGUGCCAGAGCGAUCGCUAACAUGACGCUCAACGUGGCCGCUCUGGCCACCAUAGUGGUCCUGUACGUGGUUAUUUUCCUCGUGGGCCUGCUGGGUGCCCGCAAGAAGAGGCAGCAGUCACGGGAGGUGGCCGACGCUUCCGACAGCCGACUGCUCAUGAACGGGGGCCGCAGCUUGGGGCUGGUCGUCAGCACUUUCACUGUCGUAGCCACCUGGGUAGACGGCGGCUUCUUGAACGGCACCGUGGAGGUGAUAACAACGCGGGGCCUGGUGUGGUGCCAGGCAGUUUUCGGCUACUCCCUCAGUCUGCUCAUGGGUGGCCUGUUCAUCGCGGGCCCCAUGUGGCGUGCAGGAUAUGUGACCAUGAUGGACCCACUGCAGGAGACAUACGGUGACACCAUGGCCAGCCUGCUGUUCCUGCCCGCACUCGUGGGAGAGGUCUGCUGGUGCGGGUCCAUCUUCAACGCACUCGGCAGCACCCUGAGCGUGGUGACCGGGCUGGACGGCCGUGUGUCCAUAGGCGUGUCGGCGGCCGUGGCUGUGCUGUACACUGUCACUGGGGGCGUCUAUUCGGUCGCCUACACCGACGUAGUCCAGCUUUCAUUCAUUUUCAUCGGACUCUGGAUCUGUGUGCCGUUUAUGCUUCUCAACGGGCACACCGACCCCAUCUGGUCUGUGCCAAAGGAUGAGCUGCUCGGUUCUGUGGCCAUGAACGAGAUACCCAGCUACGUGGACACCAUGCUCCUGUUCAUUUUGGGUGGCAUCCCGUGGCAGGAUUAUUUCCAGAGAAUACUGUCGACCAAGAGCGAAUUUCGCGCCAGGGCCUUGUCCCUUGUAGGGUUCGUGGGCACGCUCGCCAUGGCUGUGCCGCCCGUGCUCAUCGGUGUUGCCGUCAAAGCAACAAGAUGGAACGAGACGACGUUCCCAAGUGGCGUCGAUCCGACGGACGAGAAGUACGCGCCCAUGAUGCUGCCCCUGGCGCUGCAAUACCUCACGCCGACCGCGGUCUCGUGCUUGGGGCUCGGCGUGGUGGCGGCAGCCGUCAUGUCUUCCGCCGACUCGUGCCUUCUCAGCUGCGGAUCCAUGGCAGCCAGGAAUAUCUACGUGCCGCUCCUUAGGCCGAAGGCCUCGGACACCGAGGUGGUGUGGGUGCUUCGGCUGUGCGUGGUCACCGUGGCCGCUUUAUCGGCCAUCAUGGCCGUGGCGGUGCGCUCGGUCUACGACCUGUGGGCGUUGAGCGCCGACCUGGUGUACGUGGUGCUUCUGCCCCAGCUCCUAGCCGCCGUGUUCCUGGGCCGCCGGUGGUGUAACGCGGCCGGUUCGGUGACCGCCUUCACUCUGGGCCUGGCACUGCGCGUUCUGGGUGGGGAGCCUGUGCUGGGCAUCCCGGCCAUCAUGCAGUAUCCACUCUACGACGACGGCAGGCAGCUAUUCCCUUUCAAAACGACCACCAUGCUCCUGUCCGGCAUCACGCUGCUCGCCGUGUCCCGCUUGGCCGAUUGGGUCACCGGCUCCAAGCGCGCCAGUCGCCCCGAGACCCCGCCUUUGCCGGCGUGCAAACUGCCUAAAGAGCCGACGCUCACUUCUAAUGACUUGUGGAAAUAGCUAGCCAUCUCAUGGUAUAGGGACCACAGCAACAUUGCUUCAUCGUUUGACAACACCGUAAACGGUCCCCGAGACUUGCUGUGUGGAAAAACUGCAACCUUGAUUUCUUCCGCGGCCGCAUAUACUAGGAUUUUCGCUUCUGAAAAAAAAAAAAGGCGCUGGACGUCGCAUGCAAAGACAGAAGCACAUGAGGCGUCAGUUGUCUUUUCACGCCUACAAGAGUCGCACGUAAUUGUUAUGGGCACGGGCGCGUGUGCACCAGGCAAACUGGACGUGCGCCUAGUUAACCUUCUUUCUUUUCUUCGUUGUCUUUCGCUUGAAACUGCGCAUAGACGAACAGCUCGCUGCGCGUCACAAUAUACAGUCAAGCGCCUCUACAACGAACGUCUGUACAACGAAAGGACAAGUAUAACGAAGGAAUAAUUCUGUCCCGAUUGUAUCGUGGGUUGUGCGGUGUGCCACAUUUACAAUGAAUUGGCGUCUAUAACGAAUGAUUUCAGAGGCCCCAAGCACUUCUUUAUGAAGGUGUCCGACUGGAGUUGACAUUGUGGACUGUUUCGUGGCAAGCAAAUGCCUGUAAGCAUGAAGGUAACCACAUUAAUAGCGCGCGCGACUGUAAGCUAAGCUUUGACACGGCUUCGUCUCCAUGUGUGCUUAUCAAAUGGUCGUGACAGCACCAUUUAUAGUCCCUCCCACAGUUUUGCAGCGAAGCUGCUUGGGGUAGUUCCCCAACGGUUUUCGUGAGGCGGCGGCAACGUGUCGCGACGUGGUAGAUAUCUAAUUACAGCCACAAGACAGCCAGCAAAGCAGCCUGCAUCGCAGCCACGAAGUAGCCUUAUGGGCUCAUUCCGACCGGCGAUCGAGCAGCCGAGCGACUGACCCAGGACAGUCUCUCUCUCUCUCUCUCUCUCUCUCUCUCUCUCUCUCUCUCUCUCUCUCCAUCUCUCUCUCUCUCUCACACACACACACACACACACACACACACACACACACACUCAUAUAAUACACAGUACUUUUAAAAAAUUAUAGGGUGUCUUAAGAUCUCUUUUAAGAGGGGAACGGCGAAAGCCUACUCUUCCUCUUCUUAUCAUUCGCCUAUUUCUUUUAGCCUCUUUUCUUCUCUUUCUCUUUCUUUUAGUCAUUACUGCUCACUACUAAGCAUUUUUAGUCAUUUGUAAUCAAUUGCGGUAAUGACUAGCCACCGUUAGACAUGUUGGUCAUAUCAUAGUCAUCAGUAGUCAUUACAAGUCAUUUCACUCAUUAUUAGUAAUUACUGGUCAUUACUAAGCAUCUUUAGUCAUUUCUAAUCAAUUGCAGUCGUUACAAUUUGUCGUUAGACAUAUUGGUCAUUUCAUAGUCAGUACUAGUCAUUAUAAGUCAUUUCAGUCAUUGUUAGUCAUUACUGCUCACUAGUUUAACACCUGCAGGCGGGCUAGAUGGUGCAUUGCAGGUCGACAGAAAAUAAGCGCACAGGAAG